AUGGUCUUGCAAAUCAUCAACACCUCGGCUCUGGCAUCAGUGGCGCAAAGGAACUCGACCGCAGAUGCUCUGAAUAUCCUGUUUAUUGUCGUGGAUGACCUGCGCACCUCCCUGGGCUGUUACGGGGACAAGCUCGUGAGGUCUCCAAACAUUGACCAGCUGGCAUCGCACAGCCUCCUUUUCCAGAAUGCCUUUGCCCAGCAAGCAGUGUGCGCCCCGAGCCACGUGUCCUUCCUCACAGGAAGGCGGCCUGACACCACUCGCCUCUAUGACUUCAAUUCCUACUGGAGGGUGCAGGCUGGCAACUUCUCCAUCCUCCCCCAGUACUUCAAAGAGAAUGGCUAUGUGACCACGUCGGUUGGAAAAGUCUUUCACCCUGGAAUAACUUCCAACCACAGUGACGAUUCUCCUUAUAGCUGGUCCAUUCCGCCCUACCACCCCUCCUCUGAGGUGUGCGAAAACACCAAGACUUGCAGGGGGCAAGAUGGACAGCUGCACGCCAACCUGCUGUGUCCUGUGGAUGUGGUGGAUGUGCCGGAGGGCACCUUGCCUGACAUGCAAAGCACUGAGCGGGCCAUCCAGUUGUUGGAAAAGAUGACAACAUCGAGCAGGCCUUUCUUCCUGACUGUUGGGUACCACAAGCCGCACAUCCCUUUCAGACACCCCGAGGAGUUUCAGAAGUUGUAUCCCUUGGAGAACAUCACCCUGGCCCCUGACACUGAGGUGCCUUCUGGCCUCCCUGCUGUGGCCUACAACCCCUGGAUGGACAUCAGGGAGCGGGAGGACGUGCAGGCUUUGAACGUCAGCGUGCCCUAUGGCCCCAUUCCUGUGGACUUUCAGCGGAAGAUCUGUCAGAGCUACUUCGCCUCUGUUUCGUACUUGGACACUCAGGUCGGCUGCCUUUUGAACGCGCUGGAGGAUCUGCAGCUGGCCAGCUCCACCAUUGUUGUGUUCACUUCCGAUCACGGGUGGUCACUCGGUGAACAUGGAGAAUGGGCCAAAUACAGCAACUUCGAUGUCGCCACUCGCGUGCCCCUGAUGUUCUAUGUUCCUGGUAGGACAGCUUUGCUUCCAGGGACAGGCGCAAAACUUUUUCCUUACAUCGACCCUUUAUUAGAGUCCAGCUCGGAACUGACGGAGCCAGAUGCAGUCUUUGUUCUCACUGAGCUGCCGCUCACCACAGAUAAUCUGCUGUCCUUCAUCAUGAGAGUUCCAUCUGCCGACAAGAGCCAAGAAGCCAAACUCAGACCUGCUGCUUCCAAGUCCAUUCUGCCUCAUGGUGACCCUCCACUGGGUUCCUAA